UAUACUGGGCCUGGCCCUGCACACGGACGGCCUGACGAUCGUUCCCUAAAAUCCUCCCAGCGUAGAACGCCGUCUGUUCCCUAAUCGCCGCAAAGCCAUCGCCGGCAGAUCCCAAAGGGCAGCGACGGAGGAGGAGCACGCCCUACCAGGAGGCUUGCCUUCAGGUUCUGGCCUCAUUAUAUGUACCAGAUGGUUUUAAUGCUUCAUCAAAAAGCAAAAAAAAAAAUCAAGAAAAACAUGAAUAAGGAGGCACAGGAUGCGUUGAAGCUUGCCAAGAGGUGCCAGCAGGUAGCUCCUUGUUGCCAAGUAGAGGAGACCAUGAGGCGCGCAGGGAGCCUUCUUCUCCUGCUGCUUCUGCUCUCCCUGUCUGCCUCCACCGCCGAAGCACACAACAAGGAGAGCUCGGGCGACAACGCGGUGCCCUUGACCGGCCGGAGAUGGCACCUGAGAGGACGGAGGGCAAUGGCGGCCCGAGGGCAUGGAGCAGCGGGGAGGGAUGAGGCCGUGGGCGCCAGCAACACAGGAGCAAGUCAAGAAGCAGAUCAGGCGUCUGCUGAAUUUGUACAUGAUGAGGGUAAACGGAGCAAGAGGCCAGCUGCUCGGCCCAUGCUUCAGGGAGCAAGCGGCCAUCGACAUCGUCACCACGGCGGCGACGCGGCCGCCAUGGCGUCCGACGUGCUGAGGAUGGACUACUCCGUCUCCGUGGACGUCCACAGCCGGCGGCCCAUCAACAACGACGCUCCGUUGGAUGAGCUCAUGGAGAAGAGGCCCUAGCUAGCUGCCGGUCCACACAAGCGAGAAGAUGCGGCUCCUAACGACAUAGAUACAGAUAGCGUUAGGCUAGCUAGCACAUGGUUAGCUUGGCUAGGUAGGGUGGGACCCUCCGGGCCGCACGUGGAGCCCAUUUCUGAACCUCGACCGAUCAAUGGAACUGAUCGAUCGAGGUGAGUUGGAUGGGCAGUUUUGGUUGCGCCGUGCUUGGAGGGGUAGUGGCGCCUGUAAUCCGUCUGUCAGCAGCUUCAUCUCUGAAGCUGCAGAAAACAGAGCUCAUGAUUUUCAGCAUGUGGCUGUGGCAAGCAGUAUGUCCUCUCCUCGCCGUA